AUGAGCUUCAUUUUUUCAUCAACCUUGUUGACCCGCCUCUUAUUAUAAUGCAUCCUCUCUAUUUAUCAAUCGCGCAACAGACAAAACCACCACUCUAGAUCUAGCUUCUUCCUCUUUUUAUCUCUAUCUUCCUAAUUUGCAGAAAACGCCAUGGAGCCUCGAGGAGGAAGAUCUUUACCUCCAUUAGCGACGAUCUGUGCAAUUCUCGCGCUUCUGUUCCAUGGCGCUCACUGCUUCUAUCUUCCUGGCGUCGCUCCUGAGGAUUUCGUCAAGGGAGAUGAGUUGAAAGUGAAAGUGAACAAAUUGACCUCUACAAAAACACAGCUUCCUUACUCAUACUAUUCUCUUCCUUAUUGUCGCCCAUCCAAGAUUUUGGACAGUGCAGAGAAUCUUGGGGAAGUGCUUCGUGGUGACCGUAUUGAAAAUUCCCCCUUUGUGUUCAAAAUGCGGGAGCCAAAGAUGUGCAAUAUUGUUUGCCGUGUUAAAUUUGAUGCCAAAACUGUAAAGGAGUUUAAAGAGAAGAUUGAUGAUGAGUAUCGGGUGAACAUGAUCCUUGAUAACCUUCCUCUUGUGGUUCCAAGACAAAGGUUGGAUCAGGAAUCUCCUACUGUGUAUCAGCUCGGGUUUCAUGUUGGUCUUAAAGGCCAAUAUAGUGGGAGCAAGGAGGAAAAGUAUUUUAUCCACAAUCAUUUGGCAUUCACUGUCAAGUUUCAUAGAGAUUUGCAAACUGACUCUGCAAGAAUUGUUGGAUUUGAAGUUAAACCAUUGAGCGUUAAGCAUGAAUAUGAAGGAAAAUGGAAUGAUGAGAAAACUCGUUUAACAACCUGUGACCCCCAUGCAAAGCACACAGUUGUUAAUUCAAACACUCCUCAAGAAGUUGAAGGGAAAAAAGAAGUUAUUUUCACAUACGAUGUUGAAUUCCAGGAGAGUGAUGUGAAGUGGGCAUCUAGAUGGGAUACCUAUCUUUUAAUGAGUGAUGACCAAAUUCAUUGGUUCUCAAUUGUUAAUUCAUUGAUGAUCGUCCUGUUUCUAUCGGGCAUGGUGGCAAUGAUUAUGCUUCGCACGCUUUACCGUGAUAUAUCCAAGUACAAUGAAUUGGAGACACAGGAAGAAGCCCAGGAAGAGACUGGAUGGAAGCUUGUCCAUGGAGAUGUUUUCAGGCCCCCAUCAAAUUCUGAUUUACUCUGUGUCUAUGUUGGAACAGGUGUUCAAUUUUUUGGAAUGACCCUUGUUACCAUGAUCUUUGCAAUUCUAGGGUUCCUGUCUCCAUCAAACCGAGGUGGUCUUAUGACUGCCAUGCUCUUGCUCUGGGUUUUUAUGGGCCUUUUUGCUGGUUAUGCCUCUGCUCGUUUGUACAAAAUGUUUAAAGGAACAGAAUGGAAGAGAACUGCUUUCAGGACUGCUAUUAUGUUCCCAGGAAUCGUCUCUGCCAUUUUCUUCGUCUUAAAUGCUCUUAUCUGGGGCCAGAAAUCAUCUGGGGCUGUGCCAUUUGGGACAAUGUUUGCUCUAAUAUUUUUAUGGUUUGGGAUUUCUGUUCCACUUGUGUUUGUAGGAAGUUAUAUUGGGUUCAGGAAACCGGCAAUUGAGGAUCUUGUGAAGACAAAUAAAAUUCCGAGACAGAUUCCAGAGCAGGCUUGGUACAUGAACCCAGCCUUCUCCAUUCUAAUUGGAGGAAUACUUCCUUUUGGAGCUGUUUUCAUUGAGCUCUUCUUCAUCCUCACCUCAAUCUGGCUGAAUCAGUUUUACUAUAUCUUUGGCUUCCUCUUCCUAGUAUUCAUUAUCCUCAUUGUCACUUGUGCUGAAAUAACUGUGGUGCUUUGCUACUUCCAGUUGUGCAGUGAGGACUACCUGUGGUGGUGGAGGUCAUAUCUUACAUCUGGCUCCUCUGCAUUAUAUCUCUUCCUUUAUGCAACAUUCUACUUCUUCACAAAGCUCGAAAUAACGAAGUUCGUUUCUGGGGUGUUAUACUUCGGAUACAUGCUAAUUGCAUCGUAUGCAUUUUUUGUGUUAACUGGCACCAUUGGGUUUUAUGCGUGCUUUUGGUUCACAAGGCUCAUCUAUUCAUCAGUGAAAAUUGAUUAAUUCUGGCUGUUCCUUCUCUCCAUCAAAACAGGGUAAGAUUCAAAGAUAGUAGAUAAUUAUGUUAUUAGAUGUAAACAUUUUUGUGCAUUUUUGAAUGGAGACAGAUGAUUCUGAUGUUAUAGUCCUUUAUCUUACUUACUGUUGAAGAAUGAUCUUUUUCUUAAAUAUAUAGUUCGUUAGUAA